AUUUAUUUACUCCAACUACAUCACACACACCGAUCUCAAUAACACAAAUCCAAUUUAACCUCUCAUUAAAAAAAUACUAGAACUAGAUCUGCAAAACAAAAACCAAAAUGGCCACUACAACAUUAGUAGUAGCCAUUGCUUCAUUACUCUUUGCAUUAUCACUAACAUGUCAUGAAGUAUCUGCAGCUACUACUGCUGCUCAAUCACCGGCUCCGGUGAUGGCCGAUGCUCCAGCACCGGCUCUUGAUGAAUGUUUCACUGCUAUAACAAACAUGUCAGAUUGUUUAACAUUUGUGGAAGAUGGGAGUAAGUUGACAAAACCAGACAAAGGGUGUUGUCCUGAGUUAGCAGGGUUGGUUGAAGGCAACCCUAUUUGUUUAUGUCAUUUGCUAGGAAACUCUGGUUCUAUUAUUGGGAUUAAGAUUAAUGUUAACAAAGCUCUUAAACUUCCUACUAUUUGUAAGGUUACUACUCCUCCUGUUAGUACUUGCUCAGCUAUUGGAUUUCCUGUGUCCCUGCCCCCAUCACCAAGUGGAGAUUCUAUGCCACCAGGUAUGUCAAUGACGCCAACAGACUCGGCCGGCAGUCCUUCAAAUACAGCUGAUAGUUCUGCGGGCGCUCUAAGCCCUACUGGAAGCAAAAGUGGAGCCUCAAGCAUUCAAGCCUCCUCUGGCUUGAUUUUCAUUUUUGCCCUGUCAACUCUCUAUAUCUCCAUAUUCUUCUGAUUUUAGAAUUCACAUUUAUCCUACGUGUCAUUAAUUUUACUUCCUAUUUGUGUAUUGAGUGAUUGCUUUAGUUAAUUACAUUACACACUUUAAUUAGGGAUUGCAUCACAACACCAUCGAGCUCUUCAUUCUUGGUGUUUUGUGAUAUUUAUUCUUAUUUUUUCUUCCCAAACUACAUUCUUGUGCUAGCUAUAUUAUAUAUGUAAUAAUAAUAUGUUUCGAUAUUCAUUUCAUUAGUGAAUGAUUUGAAUAUGAUAUUGAUGCUUGCCAAGAGACUAUUUUAUAUAUGUAAUAUGUCCUUUUUCAAUA